CUUUCAUUGUUCUUAACCUCAUACACAUCUUUUUUCUUAAUUUAAAAAUGGCCUUAAACAUCUUUGUCUCUUUUGCUGACAAGCAAGUUCACCGUGUUCAAUUGGUACCUGAAAAGCUCACUUGGGAUAAUCUCGUAACUAUCCUUCAAUUAUCUAUCCCUCAGGCGCCACCUAACACAAACUCUUUAGUUCUUUAUUACCGUCAUCCUGUAACGAAUGCAACUGCUACUGUUUCAAAUCAAACAGAGCUUAGUCACUUGAUGGACGAGGUAAAGACGCCCUACGACGGGCUUCGUUUCAGUAGUGUGCCCGAGGCCGCUGAACCUCUUUUGGUGUCCUGUGGAUUUGAAAAGCUGGCAUCACUUGUCAAGCAACAUCAACCUCUUGACCACUUUGCUUCCAGAUGGGUAGGUGUUUUGGCUACUUAUAUGGCAAUGUCUCCUGAAGAAAACUUUGAUCGCGAAUUGAAAAAGCUUGCAAAAAUGGUUACUGGUGGAAAAAAAUGUAAAGGAAUGCGUGUUCAUCGUCUUGGCCGUCGCCAUCGUCACUCUCAUCGUCAUCACCGCCGUCAUGGCCAAAGAAGUGAAGUAGAAGAAGAAGAAGAAGCACCAAUUGCUGAAAAAGAAGACAACUUACCUUUCGAAGGCUCCUCUAGCUCAUCCAGUUCCUCAGACGAUAGUAGCGAGGACGAAUUUGCUCAAGACAAAGGACACUCCCACCGUCAUCAUCCUCAUCAUCAUUUCAAGGGUGAUCGCUUUGGACAUCAUGGAAGUCCUUUCUUUGAUCCUGCAGGCCACUUUGGACAUCGUAGAGGCCCUUUCUCUGGCCCUGAUGCUUGCUUUGGACGCCAUCAAGGCCCUUUCCCCGGUCCCCAUUCCCGUUUUGGACCUUUUGAAGAUCCACAAAGUUUUGCUCAUGGUUUUGAUCCUAAGAAGAGAAUGAAGCUUAUGAAGAAGUUUAUGAAGCAUUAUCAUCACCAUGGUCACCAUCAUGGUCCUCAAGGACAUGGUCCACAAUUUUUCUUUGCUUAAACAUAUUUUAAUGAAAUAAAGUGCUUAUAUUUUUAUUUUUUUAUUAAUCCGUGUACUAUUUAACUUUGGUCCAUAUAUUUUAUGAUCUGUUGUUGCUACGUUUUAAACUAACAGCAAGUAACGUGAUGACAUCUGUCCUUUUUUAAGAUUAU